GGUCGCCGGUCACACAACAGUUGCCUUCUAUUGCCCAAUAUGGCGGACACGCGGCUCUAUGAAAUUCUCGGUGUUACGCCAAAUGCGAGUGAUGUAGAGAUAAAAAAGGCUUACAGGAAGCUCGCGAAAGAGUAUCAUCCCGACAAAAAUCCGGACGCUGGCGACAGAUUUAAGGAAAUAAGCUUUGCUCACGAAGUUCUUUCGAACCCUGAAAAACGAGAACUUUAUGACAAAUAUGGAGAGAAAGGACUUCGCGAAGGUGCUGGUAUGGGUGGAGGUAUGGACGAUCUCUUGUCGCAUAUUUUUGGUGGUUUUGGCGGUGGAAUGUUCGGUGGUGGAGGGUUCAGACAGAGAAGAAGGCGAGGAGAAGAUCUAUUUCACCCUUUAAAAGUUACAUUAGAAGAUCUUUACAAUGGAAAGUCAACCAAAUUGCAACUCAGUAAGAAUGUGAUCUGCACAGUGUGUAAAGGGGCUGGUGGAAAAGCUGGAGCUGUUCGGACUUGCCCAGGGUGUAAAGGGCGUGGCAUCAAGGUGACCAUUCGUCCGAUUGGUCCUGGAAUGGUGCAGCAAAUGCAGACGUCUUGCAAUGAAUGCAGUGGUGAAGGUGAGGUACUCAAUCCUAAAGACAGGUGUAAGAAAUGCCAGGGUAAAAAAGUUGUCAAAGAAAGCAAGAUAUUAGAGGUUCAUGUAGACAAGGGUAUGAAUGAUGGUCAAAAGAUAACGUUCAGAGGGGAGGGAGACCAGGAGCCUGGUGUGGAACCUGGUGAUGUUAUUCUGGUCCUGCAGCAGAAGGAUCAUGAUUUGUUCAGCCGUCAGGGAGACGAUCUGUUCAUGACAAAGAAAAUUCAUCUAGCAGAAGCACUGUGUGGCUUUCAUAUGGUGAUCAAACACCUUGAUAAGAGAGAUUUAAUUGUAAAAUAUCCAGCUGGACAGGUUAUAGAGCCAGGUUGUAUAAGAGGUGUGGUUGGAGAAGGCAUGCCAGGUUACAGAAGACCUUAUGACAAAGGAAACCUCUAUAUCAAAUUUGAAAUUGAAUUUCCACCCAAUAAUUUCAUCCCCUGCGACAAAAUAUCGUUACUUGAGUCAUUACUUCCAAGUCGGCCUAAGCAGCCUUCACCGGGUGAGGAUGCAGAGGAGGUGGAUCUUACAGAGCUUGACCCCAGGUACCACCAGAAGAGAAGAGAAGCAUAUGAGGAUGGCAGUGACGAUGAAGCAGGGCAUGGACCUCGUGUUCAGUGUGCGCAUCAGUGAAUAAAAACUCUUUUAGCAGCCAUCUUGUUAAGUGGCAUUUUAAACUUGUUCCUCUGAGCUCUUUGGCUGGGUUAGAGGCAAGUUAUUCAAGCAUUCUCAAAUCUUUGUACAGGAUCAUUUUUCUGACUGAUUAGAGAGACAUUUAUGAGGUUGCCCACACCAUUCAACUGAACUCUGAUACACUAUUCUGAGUUUUUCAGUUUUGUUUAGCUAGAAUGUACAGCAUGUAUCACAUCAAAUGGACCUGUUUAGUGGGCAUUGCAGGCAUAUAACAUGUUGUGACAGUUAGAUGUAGUCAGUUGAUACCAUUAUUAUUUUGUGCAUAUGUGUCGAGUAAUGUUGGUUAUGCAUUGUUCAUAGCCAGCAUUCCUUGACAUAGUAAUUAAUGUCUCCAACCUCUCAGAACAUUUAUUAAAUUAUGUACAGUAACAUGUCCAUACUUUUAAGCAGAAAUGUCAGAAUUAGAAGUGUUUUUUCUGUCGUAUUUCAGUGCUUUAAGUUGUUUCACACCACUCUUCCUUUCUGAAAACAGUAAUGAAAUACUGCAGUACAUGCAGGUGCAUAAAAUGAUUGUGGAAUUUUUUUAUGUUAUAGCAGGUGAGCUAAUUUUGAAUCAGUGCAAGAAAUCAUUGUUUCAUCACACAAGGAGAUGGAUGGUGUCUAGCAUUUUGCAUCAAGAACAUUAAAAAAAGAUUAGACUUAGUUGUGCAAACAUCUUGCCCUUGUAAUAAUAAACCUUGUUAAGUUUAAUAUACUCUAUGAUAUUGCCGAUAUAAAUAAUUGUGGUGAAUGCCCUUUGAUUCAAAAUUACCUCAAAUUACUGUCAAGAUGUACAUUACUGAAGGGAGAAUGGUGCAGUUAAAACGCACCUAACUUCUCGUAACUUUUUUAAUUGUUAAAGAGAGUAGGUAUAACAAAAUGAAAGCGUUUUUAAGUUUAUUUGCUGCAAGAAACAUCAGCUACUAACAAACUGAUUACCUGUGGAUAAUAAAGUGUCGCGUUUGAAUCGA